UUUCUAAAUUAUUUCGUAACAGUUUCAAGCCAUAUAAAUUGAAAGAGAAGUUUUUUGAUGUCAUUCGUUUAAAAUCCAUAGAAGUAAACAUGUCUACUUUUGGUUUCUUAUUGCUGUGCAUCCAAGCUUGCCUUGUUCAGCAAGCUUAUAGCCAGGCUCUGCUUAACGGCUACGGUCUGGGUCCUCGCGCUUCAGGUUAUGGAUUCGGCGAAGUCGAGGUGGCCGCUGUUGAGGUCGACAGCAUUGGCGGCUACGGGUACAACAAUGGCUUGGCCGGACUUGGCAGCUUGGGAUUGACUAACGCUGGUGGCUUGGGAUUGGUUAACGCUGGUGGCUUAGGAUUGGCUGGAGCUGGACUCGGCAUCAACUCUGGACUCGGUCUUGGAAUUGGCGCUGCUGGAUUCGGCGGACUUGGCCUCGCCGGCGGCUACGGCGGCGUGGGUAACGGCGCGCUCGCCGUCGGCGGAGAGCUGCCAGUUGCUGGCACCACGGUCGUCACUGGCGCCGUGCCAGUGCUCGGCGCUGUGAGCUUCAGCGGCAACUUGCCAGCUGCUGGCGCCGUCUCCAUCUCCGGCAACUGCGGAUGCGGUGGUGUUCCGUAUGGAAACUACUAAUAACAUUGGUUACACCCACAUAAUUAAUCAGUUCCAUGUAAAGAUUCGAAUCAUAAUUAAAAUCUUUAUAAGUAUA